AGAAAUGGAGGACUCCGCUUCAGCACCACCUGCAGCCUCAACAGCAACUCCAGCCUCGACCUCAGCAACCCCGGCCGCACUAGGGCAGCUGGAUGAAGAGCAGACCAGAAAGGCAGUGAAAGCUCUGUUGGCACAUUCCAGGUCCAGGAAAAACGCGAAUGGAUUGCUUUUGAAUGAGAAUGAAAAAAAUUUUUUAAUGGUGGUAUUAUGGAAAAUUCCAAGUAAAGAACUGAGGGUCAGAUUGUCCUUGCCUCAUGGCAUUCAGUCAGAUUUAGCAGUUGUCUGUUUAUUUACUAAGGACGAACCCAAUGUAACUCCUGAAAAGAUGGAACAUUUUUAUAAGAAGCUUCUAAACAAGCAUGGAAUAAAAACCAUUUCUCAGAUUAUCCCCCUCCGAACUUUAAAAAAGGAGUAUAAAGCCUAUGAGGCCAAGCUCCACCUCCUGGGUAGUUUCAACUUGUUCCUUUCUGAUGCAAGAAUCCAGCGGCUUUUACCCUCACACCUCGGGAGACAUUUCUAUAAGAGAAAGAAAGUUCCAAUACCUGUCAAUCUGAAAGCCAAGAAUCUUUCCCAAGAAAUCAACUCAUCAAUAGGUGGAACUGUCUUAAACAUCUCUAAAAGUGGUUCUUACAGCACUAUCCGCAUCGGUCACACUGGAAUGCAGGUUCAGAACAUCACUGAAAACAUUCUUGCUGCUACAAAAAAGCUUUCACAGAAAUUGCCAGAGAAGUGGGAGAGUGUGAAACUCUUGUACGUGAAAACUGAGAGAUCAGUUGCCCUUCCUAUCUUUUCUUCAUUUGUCAGCAGUUGGGAUGAAGCUAAAGGAGUGAACAUUUCUAGUCUGAAGAAACAAGAAGCAAAGAAAAUAUUAAAACUAAAAGAACAUAAAAAGAGAUGAAAGGAGAAGAAAAGAAACAGAAAGCCUAUGAAACAGGGUAGAAAGUCUACAUCAGCCCUACCUACAGAGGAGACGGCCUCUAAAACUUGUGGUUCUCCAGUGAAGGGCCCUGGACCCCAGAAGAAAGAGACCCAUAAGCCUGAGAAGAAAGAGACCUGCAGAAUAAAAACUGAAAGUAAAGUGCAAGUUGAAUCUAAAGAAGAAAUCCCAUUGCUGGUCCCAAUAGGAGAAACUCCUGCCAAAGAAAAUGUAGAGAUGCAAAAACAUGCCACAGGGGAGAACUCUCCAGUAAAGAGUCCUGGUUCCAACCCACCUCGUGGGAAGAAGAGAAAGGCCUUUCCAGCUUUGGAGAUGCCGAAAGCACCAGAGCCCAAGACCCCAGGUAAAGGCCCAGUGAAGAAGCCAAGAGUCAAAGAAGAAGUGGAGAAGCAAAGAAACUCUCCUUUGGGGAAAAAAGACCCAAGACAGAUGCCCAAAAAGCCAGAGGCCAAGUUCUUCACUACAGCUAAUAAAUCUGCAAGAAAAGCUUCCCACACCCCCAAACAGUGGCCCCAAAAACCCAAAGUGCCCCAGCCGACCUAAAGUCAGUGACUUGGCCAGGAGGAAACAUCAGAGCUUCCUGGAAAGCUUUUGAAAAAUACCUGGGGCCUGACCCCU